CUGAGCACCCACCGCUGCAUUGCCGCGCCAUUCCAUUAGCUCCUCUUAAUAUUAUUUAUAUUUAGCUUGCAAUUGUUUACUGAAAGGAGCCGAGACAAUGAGGACAGAGGCAGCGGUCACUUGUUUUCUGGUGAUAAUUAACAGUGUGUGCUGCCAGAGCGGCGGCGGCACCGGCGAAGAGAACUGGGUGGACCCUCAUCCAGCCUGGUCUGACUUUGCAAUGGACUUGGAUUGCAAGUGUCCAGCUGUGGAGCGGUCUCCGGCUGCCGUAGAGGAUGCACUUGCCCUUACCUACUUCAGAAAGUUCGCGAAUCUGCUGUUCCAACGGAAGCGUUUGCAGUUCGAUAAAGAGAAAAAUGUCUACAAGCGAUCCCUGCUGUUCUCAGUGCUGCCGUCGCAGUUGGAAGAACUGGAAAUCGUGCGCGAUGCCCGGGAUCUGGACGUGGUGCUGACCAAAAUUCUGGAGAGUGCGCAGGCGGCACCAUUGUUUGAAGGCAAAUUUGGUUGUUCCUAUGCGCACAAGGGGAACGGGGUGUUCGCCUUAAUUACGGAUAUUUUCAAGGACUUUGUGGCACUGGCGAAAAUUUCCGAGGUGCAGUUUCUGCUUUUUGUCGCGUUUUCUAUUACACUCGGAUACAUUGUGCGCAGGCGCUACCGUUAUGGGAUUAUUACAAUUUUCCUUGGAGGUGUUUUUCUGUUCGGAUAUCUGCACACCUAUUUGGAAUGCAACAGAAAACUAGAAGUUGACGCCAUGCUUGAGGUUAUUGAUACUAACCAGGAAACAGGGAGCUAUGCGGAAAUGUCUUGGUUUUCUCGAUUGAAAAACUAUGUAAGCAGAGCAUCCCCAGGUGAUAAACAAAAGGAGAUGAUUAGAAAAUCUUCAAAGCUCAAUCUUCCAUACUGCCGGCCAGACGAAGUGUUCCUUAUGUAUGCAAAUGACUUGUUCCUUAAGCAGUUGGAAGUCUUGUUGGAAAGAGUAUCGCAUACCAUGACAAAACUUACUAAUGGAUUGUCAUUCCCCUAUAACCUGAUUGCUCCGCUGUUCUUGGUUGCCUUGGUUGGAUACAUUAUAAAGCUAACGUUUAAGUAUGUGAUUAGCCCCAAAGCUUGGGCCUCACUUGUCCACAGCCGAACUGAGGCCCCAGUCGCCCAGCCGAUCGGUGCUAAUGAGCCCAAUCGGGACUGUAUAUCUGGCGAAAACCUGAAAAUGCUACUUAAUGUAAUGAACGUCACAAAUGUUCAGCGAGAAACACAGCAGCAGGCCCUACCCUCCGUUUCUGGCGUCCAGGAGCUCUUAGAGCCACCGCAAACUUCUCCAAAGCCAUCGCCGAAGAAAGAAGAAACGCUGGAUACGAGUGAUGGCAGCAACAAGAGUAGGCGCAGCAAGCAGGACAUGUGUAGCGUUUAUGAGGAAGAAGGUUUUACGCUGGUCGAUGAUCACGAGGAUGAUGUCGAUAAUAUCGAUACGUUGUAACAGAACGUUUUUAAACGUAAUUUGUAUUUUUUUUUCCCUAGUGUUAUGUUCGUGAUUUUUAUCCCAUUAAGUAGAUUAAAUCAAAUUCCCAUCCAGUAAUUAACAUUU